AUGUCGGUGGUGCUGAUGGCGAUGAUGAAGAACUCGCAUGCACAACUCUCGCCCGAUCUUUCACCUCCUCACACUGCUCCGGGGAUGCAAUGGAUUCGUCAAAAAUACACGAUCUUGAUCGAUAACGCUUCCAUGGUAGUAGAUUUGCAUGCGAGUCUGAUUGAACAUUAUCGCUCUCUGUAUUUCGCAGAAGUUCUCGUGGCUGUGCCCACCAUUCCCGCUCCAUGGUGCAGCGAAGUGCCUCAGCUUCCUUCUCCUUCCCUGCUAUUUUGGUGUAUGCCAUCUCCAAUUUAG